AUGCGCAGGUUAAUCCUCUUUUCGACUCUCUUAUCAUUGAGAGCCUCAGCGAUCGAGCUGACUUUUGAGCUUCCGGAUAAUGCAAAUCAAUGUUUCUAUGAAGAUAUCAAAAGUGGAGUAGACGUUUUACUGGAAUAUCAGGUCGUUACUGGAGGACAGUAUGACGUCGACUUGACAUUAGAAGAUCCAAAUGGAAAAGUUCUAUAUAAAGAUAUGAAAAAGCAGUAUAAUACUCAUAACUGGAAGACAGAAGCCGCCGGUACCUACAAGGCAUGUUUUUCGAAUGAAUUCUCGACUUUUUCUCACAAGAUUGUCUACAUGGAUUGGCAGAUUGAUGACAAAAACAAUCCCAACAAAGCCGCAACACCUGGCGUUCAUGCAAUGAACGCGCUCGAAAUGUCGGCUGUCGCUAUUGCAGACAAACUUCGAGUGGUGGAUGAUUACCAAACUCAUCAUCGUCUCCGCGAAGCCACCGGCCGAAAACGCGCCGAACAACUAAAUGAGCGUGUUUUGUUAUGGAGUUUAGGCCAGACAGCGUUGAUAGUCCUUAUUGGAAUUGCUCAGGUAAUAUUGCUGCGAUCGUUUUUCUCGGAAAAGCGAACGAGGUAUUAG